UCAACUCAUAUCUUGGAACGGUCAACAUGAAGGUGUUAUUCGCAAUUACUUUUGCAUUGAUGUUGGUACACUGUGCCUCUGCGGACGAAACCAAAAGAACUGAAAAGCGAAGCGCUGAUGAUAUUGAAAAACACGAACAACAGAGCCAGUAUGAUGAUCAUCAGCAGCAGCUCUUUAUUCAGCCUAAGGAGGAAAAGUGGUCCCAGCCAGAUGAAUCUUUGAACGAAGAAGAGUUCAAACACCAAAACGAAUGGGAGUCUCUGAAAUUACAGUCUCAUGCAAAUGACGCUAUACAUCACCAUGAACUGCAGGGAAAGACUCAUAACCACGAAGAAUGUGAAACUGAGAAAGAAUACGUUCAGCACGAUAUUGUUCAUCAUCAUCCCAGCCAGAAAUCUCAUGAACAUUGGGUGCCAAAAAAUGAAGCCAUCACUGAGGAAGAACCACACCAUGUAUUGAUUCAGGAUCACAUUUCUUCACAUGCACCAUUGCAUCACAAAGUUUCAACGCACAUUGGAAAACAUGUACAUUACCAUGCAGAUCGACCAGAAGUGCAUACCGUUGAAACUACAGCUAGGAAGCCGACAUUCUACAGCUAUGAAGUGAUCCAUACUCCGAAAUCAGUGGAUACAGAGAAGCAUCAGACUAAUCAUCAGUUGCCAUCUCCAUUAGAGGUGCACCAUCAGAACUCUGUGUACCACAACAAACAAACUGUGCAUUACCAACCGUCGCACUCACUGGAAAUUCCUAACCAGGAAUCAGUCUACAAAGACCAUGUUGAGAAGCCAUCGCAUGGGGAACAAUACCUUCAAUAUCACACGACACAUGCAGAGCAAGAUUUUCACCAGGCUGCUCAUCUCAUGAGCGAGGCGAAGCCAACACCUCAUCAUGGAAACCAUCAACAAUCCUAUACAGUCGAGUCUCCGAUGCAUUCCAAGCCGUAUCAUCAUGAUGGUAGCGUAAUAUUUGUUCAAAAACCUCAUCAUGAUGAGAAACUAUAUCAAAUGGAUCACUCACAUCGGCAUAUUGUUGACAAUCAGAAGUUCGUCUACAAUGCCAAUCAUGUGAUUUCAUUGGACAAACCGGUGUAUCCAGAGAAACAAGUUUAUCAUCAUGCUGGUUUCUCAAUCAAGCAUACGGAGCAGAAGUCCAUUCCGAAAGAAAUUGGCUACUCAGUUCAACAACCUUUGUACGCUGAUAAUCACAUUUCGCAUCAACCAAACCACGCAGUGUCGCACCCUGCUGAUAAUGUGCAUUUCGGGAAUCACUAUCCACAUUACAACACACCAUCAGGAUCGCAUAUUCUGUUUGCCUCUAGCCACGUACAGAGACCUUUAUACACCGAAAAGCAUCAAGCCAACCACCUGAUCUCGCCAUCAGUUGACAUGCACAAGCCAGUUUACGGUGGUCAUUACAAGAACCUCGUUGAAAAGCCUAUCUACCAGCAACAUCAGUAUGCUUAUCACAAUGAUCAUUCGGUGCAAUACCCAUUGGCGGUUUCAACAAGCAAACCGGUUCAUAAUGCUUUCGACGGAACUCAUGGCAAGAAACAUGUGUUCGCCGAAAAUCCAAUAGCUUAUCAUAUUGAUCAUCACGUGCCACACUCCGUCGUGGUUCCAGCAGAGAAAGCCACCCACAAGGAUGUGAACGUUUUUCGGGUGCCAAAACCAUUCAACGUUCAUGUUGAUAAGCCCUAUCCAGUCUAUGUGCAUCAUCCAGUCUACAUGGAAAAACCUGUGCCCCUGAAGGUUAUUAUAACCAAUGAUAAGAAAAAGAAUUCUCUGUGGCGUUAG